CGCCAUUUUCUCACAUUAGACUAGGUAGAGAGAGGUGGUUAACGCAUGUUCUUUCGGUAAAGAGUUAUAUAUUAUUGUUUCAGUAACCGCUACAUUAAGUUUAAGCAUAUCAGUCUUGCAUCCAAUCAUGAGCGACGUUGAAGACACAAACUUCGGCGGAAGAGAAUCACGUUCUCAGUCGAAAUCUGAAGGUGGCAGCCCAGCACGUGUGAAGUCUGAGAGUCGAUCUGCAUCAAGAAGUCCUUCAAGAGCAUCAAAACGGUCAGAGUCCAGGUCUAGAUCAAGAUCCAAGUCACGAUCACGCUCUCGAAGACAUUCUCACAGAAGGUACUCUCGAUCUAGAUCACGGUCUCAUUCUCACAGAAAGAAAUCCCGGAGUCGCUCCUACACACCUGAUUAUCGCCGCAAGAAAAGCAGAAGCACUUCUCCAAUGUCAAAUCGCCGCAGGCAUGCAGGCAGCAGGACAAGAUUGAACAAUGACUUCAAAAAAGAGCCAAACAGUCAUUAUGAUGCAAGGCUUUCUCACCAGGCAAACCCGGACCCAAAUACCUGCCUUGGGGUUUUCGGUUUGAGCCUCUACACCACAGAACGUGACCUUCGUGAAGUCUUCUCUCGCUAUGGACCACUGGCUGGAGUCAAUGUUGUGUACGAUCAGAGAACUGGACGAUCAAGAGGAUUUGCUUUCGUAUAUUUUGAAAGAAUUGAUGAUGCAAAAGAGGCAAUGGAGCGGGCAAAUGGAAUGGAACUGGAUGGCCGGCGGAUACGUGUAGAUUACUCCAUCACUAAACGACCACAUACACCCACUCCUGGAAUUUACAUGGGAAGACCAACACACAGUGGAAGCAGUAGCAGCGGUGGCCGUAGACGUGAUUCUUACUAUGACAGAGGAUAUGACAGAUACGACCGAUAUGAUGAGUACGAUUAUAGAUACAGCCGUAGAAGGUCUCCAUCUCCCUAUUACAGCAGAUACAGAUCUCGUUCCCGGUCACGGUCCUAUAGUCCACGACGUUACUGAGUUGAAGGAGGUCAAGUACUUUGGAUAUUUUCCUAGUGAACUGUACAAUGUUUUAAAUACUUUCCUGUUUUUUUUUUUUAUUUGUUGUGUACAAAUGGGGGUCAUAAAGAUUAAGUUUGUUCUUCACUUUGUCAUUUUAUUGAAUAUUUUGUUUAAAGGAUUUUGUGUAAUAUACUUUUUUGGGGGGAGGGAGGGUGAUACACUUAAUCCCAACUUUAAAUCUGUUCAAUUUAAUUUCCAAGCUGUAAUAAAAUAGUUUACUGUAAAUGUUUCCAUUCAAUAGAUUUUUUUUUUGUGCUCAAUAUGUAAAGUUGAAGAUUCUUUUUUCUAAUCCUGAUAAUUUGGUAAAAUGUGCUAAUUGGUUACAGGAACAGUUUCUCCAGCUUGUAAAAGUAAUGUAAAAUUAUUUUUUGGUCUCUGUAUUUACAAAUAAAAAUGCAUAUUGUGUCAUCUGUUCAUUUAUUUAAUGCUGUAUUUUUCUCAGUCUUGAUGCAUGUAAUUGUUAAUAAAAUUUGGAUUUUGAGAAGC